UUUAAUUGCCACAGCAGAAAGUAUGCUUUAACUUGUGUUACAGAAUUGCUUCCGUUCCUUUCCUCGCCCCAACCUGGGCUUCAACCAGAGUCCCUCUAAAAUUCUACUAGCGCGCACCGCUAAACCAGAUUAAACGUGAUCGGGCCUGUUAAUGCAUUAUUCAUCAAUUUGAUGGGAAACAAUUCAUUUUACAGUGAAACCCAUUAUCAGAACACAGUGGCAUUAUAAACUCAGUCCCUCCUCCAUCUCCCUCCUCUUCUUUACCGUCUCCUUGGUAGCAUCAGUGACAGAAAACAAGUUCGUCAGCUGAUCAGCUGUGUACCUUCAGACUCCGGUAGGAGGGCGAGCAGGGUGGCUGAAGCCAGGUCAGAGCAGAGGACGCGGCGUGAAGGACAGAUAGGGAAGGGCAUCAGUUGAGAGCGCACAGAGAUAUGUUGAUUACUCUGUUACAAUAGUGAAUAAAACAAUGAGGGAUGAAAUGAACGUGGUAUAAAAAGCUGCCACAUAGGCUUUCGAGAAGAAGAGCAAGAGGACACCCAAGGAAAGGAAGCCAAGUUCAACUAUAGCCACCUGGAAAAGCAGCUAUCAUUACAUUACAGAUGAACUUCUAAUGGCAUUCCUAUGUAGCUAAUGUUCAUCAAUAAAAUGUGCUGUGUCAACUCUGCAGCUUUGCCAGAUCUGCAAUGAAUAAGCUCUGAGUUGGCCAAAUGAUUGCUGCCAGCUUGUCAUGCUGAAUAGUUUAUUUCUAGUUUUGAGAGAGUGAGCGAGAGAGAAGAAUAGAGAUCAGAGAGCGAGAGCAUAUAUUUCAGAUGUCAGAGGGACCCUCAUAGCUGGGAAACAACUUUACCUAAGCUCUUAUAACCAAUCCUCUCCACCAAUUGACUGAUUGACAGCCACCUGGUCCAAUCACUGUUGCUCACUUCCCCACAUCCCAUCUCCAACCUCCACUCCACCACAAUGGCGUCCUACAGCCCCGCCCCCACGCAAGCACACGCCACCAACGGCAGGUCGCCCUCGCUCAAGUCGGGCGACUCGGGGGGCGACAACGAUUCCAUGAAGCUGAAGAAGGAGAUCUCUCUCCUGAACGGCGUGUGUCUCAUCGUGGGCAAUAUGAUCGGCUCGGGCAUCUUCGUCUCGCCUAAAGGCGUCUUAAUCUACAGCGCCUCCUAUGGGCUGUCGUUGGUAGUGUGGACCAUCGGCGGUAUCUUCUCUGUGUUCGGGGCCUUGUGUUAUGCCGAGCUGGGGACCACCAUCACCAAGUCAGGGGCCAGUUAUGCUUACAUCCUGGAGGCCUUCGGAGGGUUCCUGGCCUUCAUCAGGCUGUGGACUUCCCUGUUGAUCAUAGAGCCCACCAGCCAGGCGGUUAUAGCCAUCACCUUCUCUAACUACAUGGUGCAGCCCGUCUUCCCUACCUGCAUAGCCCCCUAUCUGGCUAACCGCAUGCUGGCAGCGGCCUGUAUAUGUUUGCUGACCUUUGUGAACUGUGCCUAUGUGAAGUGGGGGACGCGUGUCCAGGACUUCUUCACCUAUGCUAAGGUCAUCGCCCUCAUCGCUGUCAUCAUCACCGGCCUGUUCAAGAUAAGCCAAGGUCAGACACAGAACUUUGAGGGCAUGUUUGAGGGCUCGUCGACAGAUCCAGGAAACAUAGCUCUGGCCCUUUACUCUGCUCUGUUUUCUUACUCCGGAUGGGACACACUGAACUUCGUCACUGAGGAGAUCAAAAACCCAGAGAGGAACCUGCCCCUGGCCAUCGCCAUCUCCAUGCCCAUCGUCACGGUGAUCUACAUCCUGACCAAUGUUGCCUACUACACUGUGCUGCCCAUUCCCGCCAUCCUGGACAGUGACGCUGUGGCUGUGACGUUUGCAGACCAGGUGUUUGGAGUGAUGAACUGGACCAUCCCUCUAGCGGUGGCUCUCUCCUGCUUCGGAGGACUCAACGCUUCUAUCCUGGCUGCCUCCAGGCUGUUCUUCGUGGGCUCCAGGGAGGGCCAUCUCCCAGACUACCUCUGCAUGAUCCACGUCACCCGCUACACUCCCAUCCCCGCACUGCUCUUCAACGGUGCCAUGGCUCUGGUCUAUCUGUGUGUGGAGGACAUCUUUAAACUGAUCAACUACUACAGCUUCAGCUACUGGUUCUUUGUGGGCCUGUCUAUCCUGGGACAGCUGUACCUGCGCUGGAAACAGCCAGACAGAGUCCGACCCCUCAAGCUCAGUCUGUUCUUCCCGAUCAUCUUCUGUUUCUGCACCGUGUUCCUAGUGGUGGUUCCCAUCUACAGUGACACUAUCAACUCUCUGAUUGGCAUCGGCAUCGCCCUAUCAGGAGUCCCCGUUUACUUCCUGUGUAUCUACACUCCCGCCACCAAAAGGCCCAUGUGGCUCCGCUUGUUCUUUGCCAAGUUUGGUCUGUUGAUUCAGAAGGUGUGCUAUUCUGUUGUGACUGAGUUGGAUGUCAUAGAAAAGUUGGAGUGAAGAGAUAAGAACCAACACACUGAAGACGCACAAAACACCUCCUGGCCAGUAUUUCCCUCAGCCACAGGCUGCCGAUCAGAUGGCUGAUUCAAACGGCAGCCAUUCAUUGGACCAAAUCUCUGGCCAACCAAUCAUCGCCAUGAUAUGUUCAUGUUCAUUGGACGAUGGGGUUGUUCUAUGGCCAGAAUGACACUCCAGCUGUCUCUGAGGAUGUUCCACAUACACACACUCCUGAAGUAUCAAUACUGAACCAUUCCUAUGCCUUACAUGUUUUACUCAAAUACUGAUAUUUAGGAUCUUUCGAUGUAGGCUGCGUCUGCACAGGCAGCCCAAUUCUGAUCAGUUUCCACCAAUUGGUCUUUUGACCAAUCAGAUCAGCUCUUUUGCCGAUAAUUGGCCAAAAUAUCAGAAUGGGGCUGCCUUUGUAAACACAGAGGUAUAAGUCAACUAAUACCUGUGAAGUGGCAUUAAUAAAAUGUCAUUAUUGAAUAACAAAAAAAGAGAUACUGAAGCCGUGUAGGAAAGAAAUCUAAUUCGAGGGUUAAUUUGUAUGUGGGUAGGUAGAUCAUCAUUGAAACAGCACUGCUGACAAUAAAGGUCGUCUUUGGCAUCACCUGUAGGGAAGACUAGAACUGUAGAAUGUCGGUAGCUCUAGCCACUUUUGUGUUCUAUGUAAAUGUCUGUCCCACCUGAAGCUUUUAAGAUCUUUGUGAAGCAAAGGGGGGAGGGGGUUGGUUGAGUCGAUGGAUAGUAAAUAGUUUACUGUAUUUAUAAUAAAUUACUCAUAGAAAUGUUACGACUGACAUUUUUCUUCUAAAUUCCAACCAUGGAUGAGUAGAAUACAGACAGAAGUUGUAACCAGAGCAACGUAUAGAAAUCGCCCAGGUUUUUAGAACAGCUGCCAUGUUAGCUCCUUUAUUUGCUAAAUGUUUUUUUUUUUAUGUGACAAAUGAAAUGACCCGCUGUAAACAAGCAAAACAGGGCAGCGAAUUUAACACAUUUUUAUUGAUUAGCAUUCAGGAUGUGUUUCCAAGACAACUGUGUUGCGGUGUCAACAAAUUGGAUAUCCGCUUUAACUUCUUAGGUUUCGAAAACUAUCAGAAAUAAAACAGCACAACGGUCAA